UAGUAAGAUUGAUAAGAAAAUUUGUAGGAUUUCGGAUGAAUUUAAGGAAUAAAUAGUAAAUAUUACCGUGGAGCCUGCUGCCGAAUCCAUUGUUAACACAUCCGACGCGCUAAGUGAAAGAUUCGAAACAAUGGCUGGACUUAAGAAAUAAGAAGUACAGUUAAUAGUUGGCUCAUUAUAUAGACAGAUAAUGAAAGUCGUUACUGUUUUGCUGACAUUUGUUGCAUUUGCAAAAUGCAAUCAAGACUUUGAAAAAGUCGAAAAUAAAGAGGUUGGAGACAUUAAGAAAGCGUUGCUGAGCCUGACAGACGAAGUUAAACAACUUAGAAAUCGCGAGAAAUACCAGAAUGGGAGAGUAAGUGAGCUGGAAAGUCGAUUAAAUGAAGAAAGAGCUGCUAGGAGUAAUCUAGAGGAUCAGGUGCAACAGAUGGAGAAAAGGCUGGAAACAUGCGUCAAGUACUCAGAUACAAGUCUCGCCAAAAGAGCCUUGGAAAACGAAUAUACGGUGGCAUUUUACGGUAAAAUCAACGAUCUGGCGCAAGUCCAGCAAGGGGACAUCCUGCAGUUUAACAACGUGAUAACAGACAUUGGUCACGCCUACGACACCUCGACUGGACUGUUCACCGCCCCCACAGCUGGGCUGUACGUGUUCGGUACCACCAUUAUGAUCGAGCAACAUCUCGACACCCACCUGGGCAUAUACGUGAACAACCAGAAGAUGACGAAUAUCAAGAUGUUUGGAACCGAGCACAUGUAUGACACAAUGACGCAGAUGGCUGUGUAUUACCUACGACGGGGUGACCGCGUGUCCAUUCGUCAUGACGAAGGAAACAAAACUAUCCACCCGGAUUAUUCAACAUUCACUGCUUUUCUGCUAAAUCAGGAGUUUGGGCAGAUCAAACCCAACCCUAUUACCGUUGGUUGAUUUGUUGAGUUACGGUGAAUACAUUGACUUGAAAGUUA